GCGGGACUUCCGUUGGGUUGCUAAGACACUCUUGUUUGCUUCUUGACAACCCUGGCGGGGGUUGCGCUGGCUGCGGCCCCGGCUCUGGCCCCGCGGGAGCAGCACCCCUUGGGGAAAGACAUUUUCUGCUCCCACCAAGUUGUCAGGGCCUGCUUCCUGAGCCUCCUGAGUGUUGUAAUUGCUGAGCCCAGUGCCUCCUAAAAGCCCCACUCUCCUCCAGAGGGCACGCUGGGAAGACCAUGGGAGAGACUGAAGGGAAGAAAGAAGAGGCCGACUAUAAGCGCCUGCAGACCUUCCCUCUAGUCAGGCACUCGGACAUGCCAGAGGAGAUGCGAGUGGAGACCAUGGAACUUUGUGUCACAGCCUGUGAGAAAUUCUCCAACAACAAUGAGAGUGCCGCCAAGAUGAUCAAAGAGACGAUGGACAAGAAGUUUGGUUCAUCCUGGCACGUGGUGAUCGGCGAGGGCUUUGGGUUCGAGAUCACCCAUGAGGUGAAAAACCUCCUCUACCUAUACUUCGGGGGGACCCUGGCCGUGUGUGUGUGGAAGUGCUCCUGACACCAUCCCCACAGCUCUCCUGCCUCUCCUCAGGGACAGGGAGCAGCCCCAGGCAAAGCCUGGCUCUUCUGAGGAGAGUUUGGGGUCUUUUCUUUUGUCCUUGUGUACCAGUUUCCUGAGCCAUGCCCAGUGUGUGAAUUUGGUGACAUCUCCACUCCUAGGCUCUUAGCCAUCUCCCUCUGAGUCCCAAGCUGUGGACAGGCAUCUCUCUUUGGGUGAGGGGUGGGAUCCUAUGACAGGUGGAGUUGGGGACACAGGAUUUUUCUGAUCAGUACAUACCAUCCCACUUUGCAUCCCAGAAGCCCCACUGCCCUUCCACCCCCAGCACUGUUGGGGACAUGUCCACUGUCCUUGUCAUUAAUGGCCAUAUGGAAGCAGCCCCAGAAAGGGCCUUUCCUCUCAUGAGACAUGGACUGCUUCUCUCAUUGUCCGCUGGGGAAGGGGACCUCUUCCCCAGCCUGACCCGGGGCUGAACAGACCACCACACCUCACAGGACCAGCAGUUCACAGCCCUAGCUUUGGUAUGAGAACCACGCAGCCUUCUUGUCCCCUCCUCCCAGCUCGGGCCGCAUGCACCUUUCACAGCACCUCCACCAGACCAGCUGCAGGGCUGAGAGCCAGGGCCAUGGUGUCGAGCAGGUUCUGGAGGUGUCACUGAGCCCCGGUGAGAUGCCUGGGCCAGGAGUGCUCUCGCCGCAAGGCCCCUUCAGCAGGGAAACCUGGCCUGCCAGGGACUUCAUCAGGGACCGCAUGCUAUUUGUACUUCUUACCUUGCUGGCUUUUCUAGAUUCUUUUUGAGUGUGGGGAGAAGGGUUUUAGUAGAAGGGUGAAUCAUAUUUUACACAGCGGUCUUAUUUAUAUAAAUGUCUUGGUUUUUACAAUUAAAAUGACCAAAAACUGAUCUAAGUCUCUGACCUUUUGAAGCAUCCUAGGACAUGGGCCCCAUCCUACCCUGUUCAGGCUUUAUGUCCAGUUGUAGCAAGAUCUGUCAUUGGAUCUGAUGGACAGCAGCACAGCGAAGAUCAGUGUACCUGGGGAGGGGCUUGCUCUGUGUGUGUGUGUGUGUGUGCUGCACAUGUAUGCAAGUACAGGCCUGAAGAGCAGUCACACUGUCACUUGGGCAAGUGGCUUGAGGAUCUAACCUCAGAGCAGGUCCUGGCCUUUUGGACUGGGUAGAAGGUGAACCUUGGUCCCAGGCCUGCCUGGAGCCAUGCACCACAGGGGGUGCUGCUAGAGAGAUGGGCCAGCCUGGAACUGAACUGGAAGGGGUGAGAUCAACUGAGGUGGCGUAGGAGGCAGAGAAGGGGGUACCAGCCUGGAAUAGCUGUGGCUGAUGAACGCCCGCCUGGCAUCUGUUCUUCCCUUAAUCUGCCACACGUGGGUACUGCCAAGUGAGACUGGCUCAGCCAGCAACUAAGGUGGGGUGGUGACUGGGAUUAUGA